AUGGCCAAAGUUAGGUUGUUAUGUUGUAAGGCUGUGUUUGGAAUAGGUAAAGUAUUUCAAUGCGAGGAGGAUGCUAAUUGUGGAGGGAGUGAAGGUGAUGCUUACGAAAUAGAAAAUUCUGAUUUGGAAGACCUUGCCGAACUGAGUGAGGAGGACCUCCUAAAGAAGGUAUGGGACAGCAUUGAUAAUGCAUAUGAGUUCUAUCGGGGUUUCAGAAAACUGCAUGGGUUUGGGGUGCGAAAGGGUGACUCCGGAAAAGACUGUGAGGGGAAUCUUGUAAGGUAUAGAUUUUUUUGUAACAAGGAAGGGUUGAGGGAACGUAAACACUACGACAGGGUUGACAGAACGAGGGUACACAAACCGGAGACAAGAACUAACUGCAAGGCAAUGUUAUCGGUUUAUUUAGACAAAAAUGAUAAGUAUUGGAAGGUUAGGAAGUUAGUUACUGAACACAAUCACGAGUUGACACCGGCAGGAAUGGUGCACUUGAUUGCCAAUCAUUGUCGGUUAACGGAAGUUGCAAAAAGUCAGAUAGUUGGGAUGCAAGCACAUGGUAUUGCAACGUCUAAGAUUGUGGGGUACAUGGCUGGUAUGGCCGGGGGCUAUUUGUUGUUGGAGUUCCUGAAGAAGGAUGUCUAUAACUAUGCUGACAAAAGGCAGCGCAUUAAAAUAGCUGAUGGCGAUGCAAAUUCUGCAUUAGUGUAUCUAGAGAGAAAAGCCGAAUCAGACCCCAUGGCAAUCGCAAAAUAUAAUGUGACUACUGACAACAGGCUCGCAAAUCUGAUUUGGGCGGACGGAUCUAGUAGAGUCGAUUACCAAUACUUUGGCGAUGUGUUGGCAUUCGAUUCAACCUACAGGAAAAAUAAAUACAAGAGACUGGUUGUGAUUUUUUCUGAAUCAAACAAUCAUAAGCAGACCACUAUAUUUGGGUUUGGGUUGUUGCUUGAUGAAAGUCUGCAUCCUAUCGGUGGAUGCUGGAGAAUUUGA